UGAAAAGUAAUUUUAUAAUAGAGCUAAAAUUUCAGCAACAGUGGAUAUGUGGGGUUCUCCACCUCUGUGAAAGGGGCAGCAUCUUCGUCAACUAUGCAAAAGCACCUUUAUUCACUCUACUAUGUUCUCAAAGAGAUGAGCUUACUCUAUCACCUGGCUGUUAAUAGAUCCUUUUCUCAUCUCUAGUUCUUUCUCUGUCACUCUUCUGGAAGAUGGGAUUAAACUUGUUACCUUAUAAAUAAUUCUCUUGGAAGUUGUUUGUUUGGAUAGUCACUUAGCAACGCAAUGUCGUCUCCGGGUGAUGGGGUCAGGAUUAAGAACAAGGAGCUGCCAAGAAUUGUUGGGUUCAAAAAGUCAAGGACCAACUCAUCACUUCCUGGAACUUCCCUUGCUUCUAUGGAAUCCUUGUCCAUGCCUCUGGUCCAGGAAGUUGUUCUCUCUGCAGAUAUUAAGUGUGAGGAGUGUCAGAAAAGAGUAGCCGAUAUAAUGUCAAGACUCAAAGAGACAGAGUCUGUGUUGAUUAAUGUGCUGGAGAAGACGGUAACACUCACAUGUAGAUAUCCUGGUGUUGUCAAGGUAUCAACGAAGCAAGUUGCAACCAUACAGAAAAACCCUCUAAGUAAAAUCGCCAUGAUUAAGCGGAUAUUUCGUUCAUCCCGCCAUUGAUAAAAGUAGGAACAAGAUCCACCAUGCCAGAAUGUGUUUUUUACAAUAAUAUCGUUGGCAGGCCAAAUUCGCUAUGUACAUAUUAAUUCACAGUACUGAAUGAUAAAUGAAAUAUGUAGUUAGAACUUGAUUGUCAUUUCUUUUUUAUGAAAUAAUGUUCAGAAGAAAUACAGAAUAGGAAGUUGGAUGUUCUUGCUUUACUUGGUAGUUGGGAAACGUCAUGAAAUGAAAUAUUUUCUGUGAUAA